AAACUAGACAAGGCAAAGAAAGAUGAGUGAAGAAAGAACCCGAAGAACAAUGGAGACGAGUGGAGGAAAAAAGAUAACGGUUGAGAUAAAAAGAUUUGAGAAUGAGAAGGCAAGCUUGUUCGAUCUUGGUUAUCCUCUUCUCAACAGCAUCGCCGACUCUUUCGUCAAAGCCGCCGGUGUUGGAGCUUUACAAGCUGUGUCGAGGGAAGCUUAUUUUACUGUGGUUGAUGAUUCAGGGGUAGGGUUUGACUCGAGCGAGAAUACCGGCAGCAAGAAACAUAGGUUCCCUAAUCUCAGAGGGGAAAGCAGCAAAUCUCUGGAAGCACUGGUGAAGAAUACAGGAAAAGAAUCUCUCCAGUGGGGGCUAGCAGCUGGAUUAUACUCGGGUAUUACUUAUGGUUUGAAGGAGGCUCGUGGAGGAGCUCAUGAUUGGAGGAACAGCAUGGUGGCUGGAGCAUUAACGGGAGCGGCGAUGGCUAUGACAACCUCAAAGAGGACAAGCCAUGAGGAAGUGGUUCAGUCUGCUCUUACUGGAGCAGCCAUUUCCACUGCCGCUAAUCUCCUAUCCAGUAUUUUCUAGAUGAUUUUCAUUAGAAGGCUGUAUGUGUGUUUGUUUAGCAUACAUAUGUCGUCUUUCCAAAAAAAAAAAAUCAUAUGCGUCUGUUAAGACUAGUGUUUGUUUGAAACUCUGAAUCCAG